AUGGCGCUGGAACGGGGUGGCGCUGAUGUUAUUGAGCUUGGCAUGCCAUUCUCCGACCCUCAGGCAGAUGGGCCAGCGAUUCAGGAGAGUAACCGUAUUGCUUUGCAGCAAGGUGUAGAUUAUGCCAUGUGCUUGAAAUAUAUCAAGGAGGCACGGUCGAGAGGGCUAAAAGUACCUGUGGUGUUAAUGGGCUAUUAUAACCCGAUCAUGGCUUAUGGUGAAGAACGCGCAGUUCACGAUGCAAAAUCGGCGGGUGCCAAUGGUUUCAUCCUGGUGGAUCUUUUGCCCGAGGAGGCUGGUACCUUCUUGAACGCUUGUCGCAGGGAAAAAAUGGCAUUUGUGCCACUCAUUGCACCAACCACCGAUGUUAACCGGAUUCGCUACUUAUCUUCACUCGCUGAUGCAUUUAUAUAUGUGGUAUCGCGUCUUGGUACGACUGGUGUAUCGGCCUCUGUAUCAAGCUCGUUGGGCGAGCUCAUGUCUAGAAUCCGCUCGGCGACAGACUCACCACUCGCUGUAGGCUUUGGCGUUUCAACACGGGAGCACUUUAUCGAGGUUGGUGCUCUCUCGGAGGGUGUUGUCAUCGGAAGCAAACUUGUUCAAUGUCUGAAGGAAUCGGAGGCUACCACCGAAGCACGUGCGAAAGCGGCUUUCGAGUUCUGCGAUGGCAUCACUGGAAAAAGUCAGGGCGGCCUGCCACGCGCCAAGCCCCUUGUUGUUAAGCCACCAAUGAGCACCCAUGUUGCACCCGCGAGUAGUGUUGCGAAAGAAGCCCGAUUCGGUGAUUUUGGUGGUCAGUUCAUCCCUGAGGCGCUCGUCCAGUGCCAUCGGGAACUAGAGCAAGCGUACAAUGCUGUCCGCACAGACCCUACUUUUUGGAAGGAGUACCGCGAUCAGUUCAACUAUAUUGGGCGACCUAGUGAACUGUAUUUGGCGAAACGCCUGUCAGAAUGGGCUGGCGGUGCUCAAAUCUGGCUGAAACGUGAAGAUUUGAACCAUACAGGAAGCCACAAGAUCAACAAUGCUAUCGGACAGGUCCUGCUCGCUAAGAGACUAGGAAAGACUCGCAUUAUCGCAGAAACUGGUGCUGGUCAGCAUGGUGUGGCUACUGCUACGGCGUGUGCCAAAUUCGGCCUGGAGUGUGUUGUGUACAUGGGUGCUGAGGAUGUUCGACGUCAAUCGUUGAAUGCGUUCCGCAUCCGUAUGCUGGGAGCUAAGCUCAUCGCUGUUGAGAGUGGGAGCAAGACGCUCAAGGAUGCGAUCAAUGAAGCAAAUCGCGACUGGGUAUCGAACAUUCACAAUACGCACUAUCUUGUUGGCUCAGCAAUUGGACCACAUCCAUUCCCCACUCUUGUGCGUGAUUUGCAAUCAGUCAUUGGAGAAGAGACAAAAAAGCAACUGCAGGAACAAGCAGGCUGUCUCCCAAAUGCCGUUCUUGCGUGUGUCGGUGGUGGCAGCAAUGCCAUUGGCAUGUUCCAUCCAUUCGUUAAUGACGAAUCUGUACGCCUCAUUGGCGUUGAAGCUGGUGGUCAGGGUGUCGAUACUCCGUAUCAUUCGGCUACCUUGGCCGCUGGCAAGGUUGGAGUAUUGCAUGGCGUACGAACGUACCUGCUGCAGGAUAAAGAUGGUCAAGUAAUCGAGACGCACUCGAUCAGCGCUGGACUUGACUAUCCGGGUGUAGGUCCUGAGCAUGCGUAUCUAAAAGACAAGGGACGUGCGGAGUAUAUGGUGGCAACUGAUUCGCAAGCACUGCUAGGCUUUAAAUGGCUUACUGAACAAGAGGGCAUUAUACCUGCACUUGAAACGAGUCACGCACUGUAUCAGGCAGUAAUGCUGGCCAAAACCAUGCAGCCUGAGCAGCACAUUGUCGUGAGUCUGAGUGGCCGUGGCGAUAAGGACGUUGAGCAAGUGGCCGAUGGACUCAGUAAACAAGGCUGGGGCGAUGCUAUUGAGUGGUCUUUACCUUCCUUGAUACACAAGUAA